UGAUUAUCAUUCAUUCUUAUUGUCUGAUUGUUAUCUGAUUAUUGGUUAAUUUGCCCUACUUUCUCUUACUUUAUACCCUUUCAUUCCCUAUUUAUUCUCCAUGUUCUCAGUCCGGUGCCAGUUCGUCGUUGUUACUCGUCCUGUGUGACCCUCUUUAGGUCAUUCCAUAAUUUCAAGUCCUGUCCUGCCGUGUCCAGACCGCUCUUCCUCGCCAGCUGUGCCGGUGAAUCCUGCAUUUUCUCGUUGGACUGAGGACAAAAGCAGAGAAGAAAGCAUCUGAAAACAGACGCCUAUAGGAUCAUGAGACUUUACAUCCUUUUCAGUUUUCUGCUUUUGGCAGUGAUUUGCAGCUCUUGUGUAGACGCUAGUCGAGGGACAUUUGGCCGCCUCUGCAGUAGUAACCCAAGUAACCGUAAAAGAGGAUGUGAUAACAGAUAUGGCUGUGGACACUAUGGAGCAAGACGUGGGAAUCGGAAACAUUUGGGUCUUGACAUUUUGUGUGCUGAUGGAGACACAGUUUAUGCUCCAUUUGAUGUGAAGCUGAAUGGCAUAUCUAGGCCAUACUCAAAGAACAAUGCUAUCAAUGAUGGCAUUAACUUGAGCGGGAAAGGUCUCUGCUUCAAGAUGUUCUACGUUAAGCCGGACCGUUACACCGGGACCCUGAAGAAAGGGCAGAGGAUCGGACGUAUGCUCCGAAUGCAGAGCGUUUAUCCUGGCAUCCCUUCCCAUGUUCACAUUCAAAUGUGUGACAGAUCAGAUCCCACCAAGUACUUCUGAUGCCGAUGGAGUUGAUAACCAUCAUCAAACCUCUU